GGUCUUAUUGCUUGCUUUGCUUGUUGUGUGGCGUGCUUAUUUGGCCGGGAUUUGUUUAUUUCCCUGAAUUAUAAGAACUUAGGAUUAUUAAAUAACUUGCGAUGAAUCCUCAGAGCAAGUCGACGGCUCUGUCCGCCGAUUUGAACAACUUCAUUUAUGGUGUUUCUCGAAGAAAUGCUCAGAACGCGCCGGAAUUGACCCGGACUGGCUUGAAUCUGUUGAAAAACUUUCCAGCUGCAAGAGAUGCGGUGUUGGAGUACUUUGCUAUGGUCUUCCAUGACGCUGUGAACGUCUCCAUCACUCAAACAGAUUAUGAGACUGAUUUAGGUGCAAAUGGCUCACUAGAGAGUGUGAGCAUGAUUGGCCCGGAGUUAUGCAGCUUGGGCCAGUCAUGGGCACCGUUCAUUGCACCCUGGUGCAUCAGUCUGAUCAUGGAUAUUGCUACUAAGAAGUCUAAUGUGCCAAAUACAACACUGCAAAAUGCAGAUCCAGUUAGAAUUCUUCUUGAUAUCACCACUCAGAAUUUAACUUUACUCAAUUCUGAGGAGAGAGCCAAAUGCAUUGAUAUGAUGCUGGGGUCAUGGGCAUGUUCCUGGGCAGUAGGAUGGGUUGGUCGGGCAGAACCAGCACUCGUAGCUCCGAGAGCAUUACAACUUGGGGCUGAUGCAGCAAGGGCAGUUUUGGCACAUCUUGCAAACCAUCCACCGGCUACUCAUCAUGUUCGAGUGGCUGUACUAGAUCUGUUUCAUGAAGCAAUUAAGGAAGACAGUAAACCAGAGAAAAAGAGGGAUGUGAUCCCUUAUUUACUGAACUUAGCAUCAAAAUCGGAUAUUGUUUUAAAAGCUCUUACACAAGACAUUGAACAAACAUUGACAGACGACGUGAUGGAGCGUCUGUGCACAUUGUGCGCGGCGCAACGUAACUCAGUGGUGUGGGCGGACGUCACGCCUCCCGCGCUCGUGUCGCUGCUACUCCGCGCGGAUGUGCGGUGCUUGUUGCUGUUGUUGAGGCAUGCGUUGACCAAUGUCUUCUGUAGACAGUUGUUGGAAUAUCUUCUACAAAAGUUGGAAUAUGAAUGUUUGUUUCCUGAUAAAAAUAUACCGAUGCUGGUGAGCGCUGCUGAAGAAAUUAACAUAGUGAGAGACAAAUUACUCGACGGCAAUCAAUUGGAGAAGUAUUCUCUAGCCAGAAUACUUAUUUUAGUCAGUUACAACCUCCCAUCAGAGUUCGUAAGCACAAUCAGCUAUUUACUCCAAUAUUCUCGAGACGACUCAACCCUUGCACUUUUAGUCCGAAUAAUUUCUGGUACCAUCACCAUGCACGUUCCCAACGACAGUCCAGACAUUAGCAUGGACACUGAAAGAUAUCAGAGCUUCAUUAAAACGGGGGUAGAAUAUGCUCUAAGAGACGCUAUGCUGUCGGACAAUGAGAUAAAGAGCUGCUUCCUCGAAGGAACGGUGCCGAAAGACCAGAAGACGUAUUUGCAUCAUUUUUGUUUGAAUAUUAUUAAGUUGUUGAGGUGGGAGAAUUCAAACCGUGUAUCACAUUUACGCACGCGUCCAAUUGGUCGCGCCGUUGAAGCUAACUUGUACCGGAUUGGCGGAGCUUUGCAAGAGUAUACUUCACUGUUGCGAAUCAGGAAGGAAUGUACUAUGGCUUCUUUGAAUGAAAUGCCUACGUGUCAUGCUUUAGCUGAGGUGUUAGACCGAGUCGAUAUGACAGGAACUAAAGCAGCGCCCCCUAGCGUGGAAGUUAUUCUCAAAGUGGUGCAGGCCACCGUCAAGUAUUUCUUCAGAUGCUUACAUUUGAAAGACACAAUGGAAAAACUCCGAGGCGUAGCGACAGCUUGCCGCCUUCUCCGUAAACUCUGUCUCCACAGCAAGCUAGCCCGAGCCCUAGCUCUCAGGGAACUGUUAGAAACGGCCAUGUUUAGAGAAGACGCAGCAUUCGGCAGUAGACCCGUGCUAGCUAACUUAGCUGCCACUAAAGAUUGGAGAAGCGAUGAUCUGUUGAUACAUUUGAAUCAGAAACAUGGCCCCAUCACCCAGCUAACUCAAAGCCACACUUCAGUUUUCCACGCGGGAAUCAUCGGCAAAGGCGUGAGGAAGCCAAGUGAUCUAGACGUGAACGAUAUACCGCCGAUAUUGACGACUAACAACGAACUGCUAAUGGGCGCGCUUACGUCCUGCAUGGAUGGUAACAGUGGCCUAGUAGAAGGUGCGACGUCAGUCUCGCUGCUGCUGGUGGAAUUAGUAUCUCCCGAUGUCAUGUAUAACGGCCUGCCUUGGCCUGAUGAAGAUUUUACUAAGCAAGUGAGCAUAGAGCGCGAGUUGUACAUGCGCGGAGCACUGGAGAGCUGCGCAGUAGCGCGGGCGGCGCUGCGUCGCGCGGCCGGCGCGAGACCCGCGCUGUGCCUCGCCUCCGCGCUGCUGCGGGCCACUGCCGCUACCUUACUGCACCGCCUGCGGGCUUAUCUAGACCGUCACACUCAGUCAGCGGAGAUGGCAAAAGAACGCGCUGCUCUGACAGAACUGCUGUCGACAAUGACACUAGGACAGCUGUUACCUCACCCGCUUAGCCAUAUGCUGGAGUUGGCGCCCGAACUAACGGCCAGUGAGAUUGUGCAAGUCUUACGCGACUGUUUAUGGAACUAUACAAGAGAUCAUGUUCCUUCACCCGCGUUGUUUACUUGUGAUUCUACAGGUCUUCACUGGCGGGACCCCGCAACUUGCAAGCCACCUGCAACAUACACAGACACCUUGAGAUUGAUCAUACAGAAAAGAAUAUCGAAACUUGGACAUCUCUACCCGAUAAUGUUUUUAAAUCUGGAAAAAGAAAACUGAAUACAUACGUAUAAUUUGAUGUAGUUAUUGUAAAUAUGUACAUAAUUUGACUUUUAAGAAAUAAAGUGCCUAAUUUU